AGUUGCUGAUGCUCCGAUCAAUCAGCUCCAAACUUUACCGAGUCCCGGCAGCCGACAGGCGGAGGGUACUCGCAUUGUCUUUAUGCUAAUAAUUCGCACCUCUCUCUCUCUCUUGCCCUCUGUGUUCGCGUCUCCAGAGCGCACUUAUAAAAAGCGAGGAUGCGUGGGUCAAGGAUCGAUUGAGUUUUAAGCUGCAUUUGUCGCCACCGUUCAAUCCGAGUGACUAGGUCGGUCAUGAGUUGUCUGGAUGUUAUGUAUCAUAAGUCUUAUGGAGCGCACCAGUACCUACCAUCAGCAGCCGCAGCCGCCUACACCGCAGCGUAUUAUCACCAUCACCACUCGCAGCAGCAGAAGUUAGCCCUGUAUAGUAAGAUGCAGGAGUCCAUGGAGAACAAUUCGCAAGGCAAAGAGAGCGAGAAGGAGCAGGCUCCCGAGGCAGAGUACAUCAGUUCCAGAUGUAUUCUGCUCACUUACGUCCAGGGAGACGUGGGCGCCGUGGUAGAUGAACAUUUCAACAGAGCCCUGAGCCACUUCAACGCGGACAGCCCGAGCUCAAAGACCCGCGCUUCAUCCAGCACCUUGUGGAAAGAAGGAUUGACGGUUUCUGCAAAUCAGAAGAACAGCUUCCCUGCUUCCUUCUGGAGUAGCACUUACCAGCCCCCCGCACCGUCCUGUCUGAGUGGCAACCAUCACGAUUUCUCCGCUGCGACCGGCGGCGUCUUUCAUUCCCCCGAUUCCAUGGCUUGGCCUGGACAUGGACUACACCAGGCGGGCGCGCCGCCGCCAAAUGCCGAGGCGUGGUCCUACACGUUGGCAUCGCAGGGGAGUCCCAGCUACCCACUAGUGCACGACGUUUACCCGCACAUGCACCACCCACACGCCCACCAUCAUAAUCCGCACCUAGACCCUCGGUAUGGGUCGCUGCUGGUGCCGUCCGUAAGGGCAGCCCGCAUUGCCGCAGCGCCGGCUGAGAUCACAAAGACAGAGGCUACUGCAGCCGCCGCUUCUCCCUGGACUGGAGCCUUUCAUGGGACCCUGGACAUGGUGCAGGGGGUUGACACAGGACGCCUACAUCAAGAGAAAAGUAAGGAGCCCACUUGGUUCUAAACCAAAGUGUUCCCCCUUUAUUCCACAACCUUUUAAGUUAAAAGUAUCUACGUCAUCUUGGUAUUCGCCUUUUGUAUGGUGGAUCUUUCCCCGGCUAACGAAAAAAUGCACCCUGCAUUCUACUGGAAUAAAAUUGGGUGUCAAACAGACUUGUUCUGGAACCAUUACAGUAUCUUCAGAAGAAUUGUUAUAAUGGAAAACAAAGGAGAUUCUAUUCUGAACAAACUGCCAUUUUUUUUAAAGAGGAAAAUAAAAAAAGAGUUUUCAAAGAGUGAUGAAGUACAUCAACAAGUAUUACUGCCACAAGAAAACAGAACUAUAUAUUUUCAGUGUCCAACAAUGGGUUUCGUAGUAUUUGAUGUUUUUAGGGGGUCAUUAACACAAGUAGAGUGAAUAUUUGCAUUGUACAUUUUCUGAGGGUGAAGCACUGGGUGGAUUAUUGUAUUAGGCACAACUGAGAAAAAAAAACUUUUAUUUUUGUGGUUUAAGAAGUAUGUGAAGUGUUGGAUUUUUUAAAUAAAUUUCUAAUACAGUGAUUGUUAAAAAUUGUAAUAUGACACUACCAGGGAUAUCUUCAUUUUUUCCUUACUUAUUUAAAUAUAGUUAACCAUUUGUGGACUGCAAUGGCACUUUUAUUAUGUCCUGAGAAAACAGGUUUAAAGUAUUUUCAUUUCCUUUUGUCUGCCAUAGGAACAUGCUCAAUGGCCAAUAUUUUUUUUGAGCAUUUGCAGUUUAGUUUUUCUGUGAACCUGUUGAUAAAACAAAGGAAAUUAUUUGGGAGGGGGCUGCUAGAGUAUCUCUCUGGAAUAAAAAUAAACAAAGAUAAAAGAGGACGGCGAUUACUGGGGUGCGCAAGAUUUGUCAUCAAGAUUCCGUAAAUAUAUUUAUUUUGAAAUGUUUUUAAAAAAGCGAUAAUUUGACUUAUUGCCAACAUUUUUAGCAGAAAAAUGAAAAUAUAAAAUGUUUCGUCUUAGAUCUAACUUUCUUUUCCAUUAAUUGCUUGUUGACAAAUGUAUCUGUACAAGUGAAUUAUUUUUGUCAUGAAAACUUUUUCCUAAGAAGAAAACUACUCCCAGUAGCAACAAACUUGGAAAUUACAGCUACUCUCCGACAUAGAGGCGAUAAUGCAGCAUUUUUCAACUUGGAAGGAAGUAUUUUGUACUCGACACUCCACGCUGUCGGAGAUCCAGCGGAUGAUAGUACUAAAAAAAAGAUAUAAUGGAAAAGGUACUGCACACAAAAAGCUGCCAACGAGUUUAAAGCGUAAAUAUUCCGGAAGGAGCGGUGUUUCCGAGCCAAUCCCCCCCCUCGCCCCGCCCCCCACCCCAGCAAUGCGUAACGUGAUAACGUGGUUAACUAACAAAUUUGAAAAUGUUAUUGAAGAGAAAAGGCGUCUUUGGAAAAAUAAUGAAUGGAGCCAGGAUUCUGUGUUGAACAUAUUCGUUUCGAGAUGUUACAUAUAUUGUUUGUUUAUAAUGAAAAUGCGUAUUGAGUCAGGCAAAAAAAAAAUGGGAACAUUUUGUAGCAAUUUUUUUCUGCGAAUGUCAGUAUUAUUUGUAUAAUAAAACGCAAAACUCGUUACUUAAAAA